AUGGUUCUCUCGCGUUUCAAAGGUGAGAAACUCGAAACACUCAAAGCUCCUGAUGACGAAUCUCCUCCAACUUAUGCAAAAGAGUGUCGUAGGAGAUUACGGGAAGGAAUAGGCGCUAUUGAAACAUGUACAGCUAGGAUUGAGCAACUGCUUCAAGACUACGCGUCAACUUUAGACAAUAUGGAUACACCUCAAAAAGAAAGCGCAGAUUUUGAAGAAAAUUCUUUAAAAGCAGAAGACGUUCUUUUUUCUGCCUUCGAUUAUACGGUGCUACUACAAGCUCGCGUAAAAGCAUUUUCGUCCUUUGCUAUCGCGUCAACUGUCAGAACUACGCGAAUCGGUAUCGAUUCAGAGUCGGUAUCAGGGACGAAAAAGCUGGAAUUACCAACUCUGCCUAUUCCUGUUUUCAACGGCAACAUUUGGGAAUGGGAUAACUUCUGCACCCUUUAUAACGCUGAUGUUCAUUCUCAACCUAUGCCUGACCUCUUCAAACUUAAUUAUCUACUAAACGCAUUAAAAGGAGAGGCUCUCAACGCCGUUAAGAAAUUUCAAGUAACAGCAGAUAAUUAUGUGAAGGCGCUAGAGUUCUUAAAAAGGACAAAAGGGGAGAAGCCCCCAUCGAACCCACAAGACAAACACGCAUUUUCGCCGCCUUCUAAAAAGAAAGAAACUAGUGUAGUGAAGACCACGCCUAAAACCAGACCAACACCAAAGAUCAACCAUCUUAGCGAAAAGGAAUCAAAAACCAAGAAAUGGCGAUUUGUGGACUACCAAGACAAUCAGAUGAAAAUUCCGGUACUACUAGACACUGGAGCCUUCGGUUCCGAACAGAUACAAGAGAACAUUAGCAGAAAGGUGCCGCUGGAGAUUUGGGAUGAAGAUGGGCAACCUUACACCUUACAACUUCUGACCCAUGAAAUCCUCACGAAAUCAUUUACUACUGCACCGGUCCUCAAAGAAGAUGUCGCGUUCAUCAACCCACGGAGAUUACCAAUCAAACUAACCGAACAACAAUCGACAACUAAACCACUGAUACUAUUGGGGUGCGACCAGUUGUGGCCUCUAAUCCGGGAUGAUCAGCCACACAUCCGACUUCCUUCAGGUCUUCACCUUCUUCCAACUCGGCUCAGUCAUCUGUUGACAGGGCAGGUGCAAAAAGCGAAUCAAAUCACACAGAUAAUUGACAAUUUAGAAGAAUUCCAUAAAUGGGACAGAAUGUGGUCUCUAGAAGCACAAGUGAACGCGUUUUCUGCUGACAUCAGUCCAGAUAAAACGGAGGAUCAGGAGCUAUGGGAAAAAUAUUGGUCCUUAGAGGUUGAAGGUACAGAAGAAUUCGGGAAUUCAGGAAAAGAUAUACAGUCACUCAUAGAUAAACGAGUUUUGGAGAACUUCAUGAAAACAGUCGAGAAGAGAGAAGACGAUAAUAGAGCAAUUGAUGUUAAGCGGCUGAUAAGUUUAUGGAAUUCACUACAGAAGAACCCCGAACUUCUAGAGCAGUACAAUGGAGUCUCCCAAGAACAACUACGACUAGGCAUCAUUGAGGAAGUGGAUGAGAAAAUACCAACAGUGGGAACAAGAAUCCACUAUAUUCCGCAUCAAGCAGUAUUGACUCGACAUAAAACUACAACGAAACUACGUGUCGUUUUUGACGCGUCAACUCAUUACAAAAAUGUUUUUUCUCUAAAUGAUGCUCUCCAUAGAGGACCCGUGAUUCUUCCAAGGCUUUAUGGACUUCUCUUGCAUUUCCGGAUUGGACAAGUAGCAUUAAGUUCAGACGUGGAAAAAGCAUUUUUGCAAAUUCACACAACACAUUUCCAUCUCGAUCACUACAAGAAGGACAUUCAAUUAGUAACCGAAAUAAAAGACAACCUUUAUGUAGACAACCUGCUACUGACGGCUGACACAACAGAGGAAGCAGUUCGGAUCUACAAACGCACAAAAAUGAUAUUCAACGACCUAAAAAUGAAUCUUCGAGAGUUUGUUUCAAACAAAGAAGAGGUAAUGGGGGCCAAAGACAGCAAGGAUAGGUCUUCAAAAAAAUCGCUGAAGAUCCUCGGGAUAAAAUGGUACACCAGUACGGACCAGUUCGAGAUUGCUUGUACCGUUUCUCUAGAAAAAAACGUGACCAAACGAACAGUGGCAAGCGCAAUAACAUCCAUCUAUGACCCUAAGAGCUGGAUAAUACCGCUUAUCCACAAAGCGAAAAUCUUCCUACAAUCAUUGUGGAAAGAUCAACUAUUAUGGGACACACGGUUACCAAUAGAUCGCGUAAGGGAGUGGGAAUCCAUUUGCUCAAAUAUUGAUGGAUUCCGCAAGACGUUUCCACGGGAAGUAACAACACGAUUUUCAGAAGCAGUACUAAUAAUCUUCGCGGACGCCAGCAGCGAGGCUAUUGCUUCUUGCGUGUAUUUACGAGUGCAAUCCAGAACAUCGCUACUAAUGGGGAAAGGUAAACUCCCAUCUCUCAAAUCGAGUAUUACAAUGCCUAAGAUGGAACUCAAUGCGAUGACUCUGGCUAUGCGUCUAACCAAUUCGGUUUUAUCACAGAUAUCAUCUGCGGUGAAGGUGACUAAAGUAAUUAUCUUAUCAGACUCAGAGAUUGUACUCAAAUGGAUAAGCAGGAAACCGCGUCCGGACAUAGGCCCUUUUAUAAGGAAUAGCGUUUUAGAAAUCCAACGAACCGUGAGUCACAUGGAGGGCCUUGGCUAUCCUGUUCAGAUAGGUCACAUCCCGUCGCAACUGAAUCCACCGGACUGCGCCACCAGAGGACGGGACAAAGAAGUGUUUCAUAAACACUUCUGGUGGACAGGCCCACCGUUCCUUUCACAAUCAAUGGAGUACUGGAAUUGCGCUUACAAACCGAUAGAUAUCAUUGACGCGUCUGAUGAGAAUCCUUCGUCUCUCACUUAUAGCCACCACACAGUCAAGGAGGGCCAUGCCUCUUCAAAUGUUCAUGAGAAUAAGACUUAUAUUUUCAUCAACAAUAAGGAAAUCAAUCAAUAA